UCACCUGGAGACCGUCCGACCAGCGGGGCAGCAGAUGGAGCACGUUUGAUCACGCUCGUCGCUUUUUCCGUCAAGUCACGCGUGUACGUGGCUCAUCAUGUGAGGAUUGCAGUUGUUGUUUUUCGGGCGGGACAUGGAAGACCUGGACGGCUCCUGGUCGGUGUCCCUGCAGGCGGCAGUGGCCAACGCCAGCUGGACGGAGGGCGCGGGGCGCGGUUUGUCCAGGCAGACCCAGCUGGUUCUGGAGACCGUCAUGGUGCUGAUGUGUUUGUGCGCUGUGACAGGGAACAUCCUUGUCAUCAUCAUCGUGGCUGCAACCAAGACCUUCCACUCGGUGACGUCAGUGCUGAUCAUGAACCUGGCCAUCAGUGACCUCCUGGUGGCCGUCGGGGUCAUGCCCUUUGUGGCUCUGUCCAUCAUGAACCGCGGCUGGGUGGAGUGCACCGACCUCUGUCUGUACGUCGGUUACACCUCCUCCGUGUACUGCACGGCCUCCGUGCUCACGUUGGCGGCCAUUGCCCUCGACCGCUACCACUCCAUCGUGGACUGCCUGCUGUACAGCUCGCGCUGCACUCCGUGGAGAACCGGCUGCGUGGUCAUGUGGAUCUGGCUGCAAGCUGUGGUGACCAGCUGCCCCCCACUGCUGGGCUGGAGCUCCGUCAGCUACGUGGUGCCCAUGUUCAACUGCGCGGUCAAAUGGUCCAGCAGUCCCAGCUACACGGCCUUCAUGGCGGCCCUGUCGUACCUCAUCCCGGCCGUGGUCAUCCUCUUCUGCUACGUGAACAUCGUCAAGGUGGCCCGCGGCCACGCGCGCAGGAUCCACACGUUGGAGGACUCGGUGCAGCGCGCCAGGGACCCGGGCGCCGCGCGCUGUGGGAGCAGCUCCUCCAGUCUCAUCUAUCACGUGAGCGGGCGGUUUGUGUCCGAGGUCAGCAGAGAUGAAUCCACGCAGGCUGCGGCGCAGCGGAAUGACCCUUCGUCCAGGAGUUCCUUCUCCUUCCUCGCGCACGGGGCCUCCAGGCCGCCGCCCCAGAGCCCCCACCAGCACCAGCACGGCCACCACGGACUAGUGCGCCUCUUCCUGGUCAUCGCAGCCUUUUUCCUCUGCUGGACACCUUACAUGGCCGUGGCUCUGGUCCAGGCCACAGAGACCGCGAUCUCGGGCCGAUCCAGACUCGUGCCCCACUCCGCCGUGACCUUCUCGUACUGGCUGGUGCUGCUGAACUCUGACAUCAACCCGCUGCUUUACGCGCUGCUCAGCAAGCGUUUCCAGGGCGCCUUUCAGCGUCUGGCGGAGAAAGUAAGAGCCCGCCUGGGACGCGCGCUGGGCCGGGAAGUUGGGGUCAGAGCUGGGGGCGGCGGUGGCAGUGACGGCGGCCCCUGCACCCGGACCCCCACCCACCUAAGUGUGCCGCCAUCCAGCUCAGAGAGUUCAAGCUGCGACGUCUCCCGGCGUUCCUCCUCCGUUUUUACCGUGAGCACCGGCUUCCAGCACCACUCUGGCUCCGGGUCCUUCUCGGUGUGGCAGGAGGCCGGAGGGGAAGGGGGGGCGGACUGCCUGCGGGUCCCCCCCCAGCCGAAGGAGGGCGGCAGGCUGCCUUUCUCUGCUCUGACUGAGGAGCGUCAGGCCACUUUCUUCUACGGACAGAUCACGGUCAGGGUGGAGCACGAUGUGUGUUAGUCCGGCUGAUGGACGCGCUGUUGGAGAAACAAACUAAUUGGACGAACAAUUUGUUUAUUAAUGUUUUUUUUUACAGCUUAAUUGUUUGGUUCCAACAACGUCAGAGAAGAACAGCUAAUACUCGUUUGAGAAGCUAGAAUCACUGAUUGUUGGGAGCGUUUUGGGUCUAGCUAUUCAAUUAUAUUUCUUUGACCUAUUGGUUAUUAAAUAAUUCCAGUUGUUACAUACAGGGCAUGUUUCAAAUGUCCCCGGACUAUUUUCAUAUUUAUCAAAUCAUUAUUUCAACUCUAGUUGGAAUAAAUAUACUUUUUUUUAAACUAGUUUCAGCUUGCCAUGUUGCCUUUGACCAUUUCCAGUAAUCAGACUGUAGGACAGUAAAACCCAGAGGGGAAAACAAACCUGCACAAGAAAAUGUAUUGAAAAGAAAUAUUUUAUAUAGUACAUGUGUUUACACUUGAAGACACCCAACAGUUGAUUCUAAUAAAGCCACCACGUUAUUCCCGCUCUAAA